GAGAGAGAGAGAGAGAGAGAGAGAGAGAGAGAGAGAGAGAGAGAGAGAGAGAGAGAGAGAGAGAGAGAGAGAGAGAGAAUGUGUAAGGGAUUAAGAGAUUAAUACAGAGACAGACUAGUUGCAGAGAUGUGAAUAGGUGAUGAUGCUCUGAGCGAGCCCCGUUAUGGCACGGGCGUGGGCGAGAUGAUAUGUGCAUGGGCGGAGAAAGUGGCAGGAGUGUGGCAAUGGGCGUGGCUGUGGCAGAGGCAGGGGAUGGGUAGGAGCGAAGUCCUUCCCUCCCCGGCCCGUUAGUCAAGGCCCAGUGUUGCCAAAUCUACCGAUAAACAUGAAAAUCUACUGGAUAUUUGAUGAAUCUACCGAUAUACCGAAUGAUUUCGAAAAUAAGGUCAAAUAUAUUGGAUUUUCGAUCAGACCUACCGAGAAAUCUACUGAUAUUCAGUGUCAUGAGAGAGAGAGAGAGAGAGAGAGAGAGAGAGAGAGAGAGAGAGAGAGAGAGAGAGAGAGAGAGAGAGAGAGAGAGAGAGAGAGAGAGAGAUGUGGGGGGUGGUGGAGUGCGGGGGUGUCGUGACUAACUGAACGUGUCUUGUUCAUGUGCCAAUUCUAGCCUGACGAACAACAACAAACCGGUUUGUUGUUGUCACUGGCUCGGCCUCGGUCAGUACAUGUGUCUCAGUGUCUGCAGGCUGCACCGUUCCCAAACACCUAAGCCUACUCCCACGCACCUGUUACCUCAGAGCAACACACGCCCCACAUCCCACCAUGGAAUCCAAUCCACAUCACCACAAGAAGAAAUUUCUUGAGGCAAUUCAACACCAGCCAACAGCGAAAGGGAGAUGGAUGCCAAAACCCCCUGGGACGUGAUCACCAGGGCACUGAGAGGGAGGAGGAGCCAGGGGACAGCCAGGAAUCCCAGCAGGAUAAGGAACAAGAGCGAACGAUGGAGACAGAGAUGGAAGAGGAGGCUGCCCUGCCAUCAACACCGUCACAACACGCCCCAUCGCUACCGCAACACAAUGUGUACGCCGCGAGACAUACAAACGGGAGGAGAAACUUAGUCUGGAAAGGACUAACAGAAGAAGAAACAACCAUUUGGGUGAACAACACUUACACAGAAUUAGUUGGGUGGUCGACAUGUCAUCUGUUCGAUCCACCAAAGUGUGCAGCCACCAACAAAAUUGUACAAGAGAUGGUCAUCCUCCUCAACAAUUACUUACAAGAGUCACCCCUCGCACCGUAUGGGAUGAAACUAUUCUUCACACUGCCAAAACUCUUCUUUCAAAAGACACAUAGAAAUGCGAAGGUGGCGGAAAACGUGAAAGCCGUCGCAAGAAGAGUGGGUCUAUGGCAGAACAACCAACUGGAUGAGCUCCUGGAGGAAGCCCGAGCCAUCCAGAAGAGGCUGCCAAGACCAUCAGGAAACCAACAAAGGCAGGAAGACAAAGCCCGUAAUUUCGCUGGCAAUAUGCGGCAAGGACAGGUGUCCAGGGCUCUGCGGGCACUUAAUGAACAGCAGUCAGGUGGAGUGUUGCCCCUCACCAGGGAAACCAUCCACCUGCUGAAGGAAAAACAUCCUCCCCCCAGUGACGAGGAGGGCCUCAGGAUGCAGGGGCCUUUCCGCAAGCCCAAUGAUGUCAUCUACGAGGUGAUAACUGGAGAGAUGAUCUGGAAGAAGUCUCUCCAGACACAUGGCAGUGCUGGUCCCUCAGGACUAGACGCUAGAGGGUGGCGUCGCCUGUUGAGCGGCGCACUCUGUGGCAGCGCCGCUAACGACCUAUGCGGCGCCCUGGCAGCACUGGCGAGGAAGCUUGCCACCACAAAUUGUCACCACGUCGAGGCUCUCACCGCAUGCCGAUUAAUUCCGCUGGACAAAAAGCCGGGAUGCAGACCAAUUGGCAUCGGCGAGGUGAUAAGACGCAUCGUGGGUAAAUGCGUCAUGACGGUGGUCAAGGACGACGUAAGGAGGGCAGCGGGGAACCUGCAAGUAUGUGCAGGACAGCAGGCAGGAGGGGAAGCCGCCAUCCACGCUAUGAGGGAAAUGUUCAGUGAAGACAAUUGUGAAGCGGUGUUAUUAGUGGACGCCAAAAACGCUUUCAACACUAUUAACAGAAAAACAAUGCUUCACAACAUUCGAGUAAAAUGUCCCUCUCUGGCACAAUAUAUAGAAAACACAUAUAGUGACCCCUCGGAUUUGUACAUAUGUAGUAAUAGUGGUAAUAGUGUUAAGGUGUUAAAGUCCAUGGAAGGGACAACACAAGGUGACCCAGUGGCCAUGGCGAUGUACGCCCUCGGACUUUCAGUGCUGCAACAAGUUAUCUCAUAUGAGAAAACGAGUGUGAAGCAAGUGGCGUACGCGGAUGACCUGUCAGGGGCCGGAAAAAUAACAGACUUGAAAAAAUGGUGGGGCUUAGUGAACGACAAUGGUCCCAUCAUAGGGUACACACCCAAUGCCGCUAAGUCCGUCCUUAUUGUAAAGCCUGAACACUAUGACAGUGCAGUGGAUAGCUUCAGUGGCAGUGGAGUUAUAAUAACAAAGGAUGGACAACGGCAUCUGGGUGCUGUCAUCGGAACAGAGGAGUUCAAGAAGGAGUACAUAGGAGAAAAGGUGAAGGAGUGGAUACAUGAGGUGGAAGUCCUGUCUGACAUGGCCAGGACUGAGCCUCAUGCAGCCUACUCCGCCUACACCCACGGCUUGCAGCAUCGUUGGAGAUUUGCCAUGCGCACCAUCCCAGGCAUCAGCCCUCUCCUUGCACCACUGGAGGUCUCGAUAAGGAACACCUUCCUCCCAGCGUUACUGAGAUCCCACACCAUCGGAGAUGGGGAAAGGGCGCUGCUCGAACUUCCACCAAGACUGGGCGGGAUGGGAAUCACCUCCCCUGAGAAGUUGGCGACUGUGGAGAACCUCAACUCCCUCAAGCUCACCAGGUCCCUCACAGAGAAGAUCAUUGCUCAGGACGCACAUGGUGAAAUAGCCCAAAGUGCAGUCACUGAGCAAGGACGAACUAUAUCUAGAGAUAGGCAACAACAUCAACGAAACUGUCUCGAAGACCUGAUAAACAUCCUGCCUGCAACCACAGUGAGAAAAAUCCUCACUGCACAGGAAACGGGAGCCUCUAACUGGCUAACGUCACUGCCCAUCAGAGCGAAGGGCUUCAGCCUCAACAAACAAGAAUUUGUCGACGCCAUUGCUCUGAGGUACGGCUGGCCAAUGGAAGGACUCCCCAUUACCUGUGUCUGUGGCUCCCCCAAUGACGUCAACCACACCAUGACGUGCAAAAAGGGGGGAUUCGUAUGUAUCAGGCACGAUGAGGUGAGAGAUUUGACCGCCAGCAUGCUCAGGGAGGUGUGCCACGAUGUCUCCACUGAAACGACCCUCCUGCCGCUAGACAGCGAGCACCUGCGCUACAGAACAGCCAACACCACCAACGAGGCUCGAGUCGACGUCAGUGCACGAGGGUUCUGGACAAGGGGACAGAAAGCAUUCGUGGACAUACGGAUCUUUGACCUGAUGGCCGCCUGUCACCACGAACUCUCCCUGGAGGCCGCCCACCGCAAGAAUGAGCAUGUGAAGAUCCGAGCGUACGGGGAGAGAAUCCAACACGUUGACCAGGGCAGCUUCACACCUCUGGUCUUCACCACAUCUGGCGGGAUGGGCUCCAAGGCUCAGUGCUUCUACUCAAGACUAGCCGACCUAAUGGCAGAAAAGAAGCACCAGCCAAGGAGCCAUGUCGUCGCAUGGAUGAGGUGCCGUCUCUCAUUCUCCCUCCUCAGAUCUGCCCUCCUGUGUCUCAGGGGGACAAGGCAUUCCACUCCCAUACCUGCAGACUUAGGAGGCCUCGACUGCGAGGCUACAGUGGUGGAGAGUGGCAUAAGAGUAGAUAGAGUAGAGGUAGAGUGAAUUUAUAGUUAACAACUAAUGUCUAUAUUAUAGAGUAUUAGAUAUGGUUGGAUGCCACAGUCAUUAGCGAGAGCUGGGGCUAAUGACCUCCAAGUAAUGGAGCCCCUAAUUGACACAUCAAUAAACAUGGGGUGGAGGUAUUAUUUUAAUAUAGUAAUCGUAGUAGUAGCAGCAGUCGUAGUAAUAGUAGUACGUAGCAGCAGCAGCAGCAGCAGCAGUACCAACGGUAGUGUAAGCAUGAGUAAUAAAGUCAGCUGGGACAUCAGUAGUAGUACUAGCAGUAGUUGUAGUAGUAGUAGUUAUAGUAGAAAUAGUAGUUGUAGUAGUAGUGGUGGUAGUACUAGCAGUAGUAGUAGUAGUAGUUGUAGUAGUAGUAGUAGUAGUAGUAGUAGUAGUAGUAGUAGUAGUAGUAGUAGUUGUAGUAGUAGUAGUAGUAGUAGUAGUAGUAGUAGUAGUAGUAGUAGUAGUAGUAGUAGUAGUAGUAGUAGUAGUAAUAAUAGUAGUAGUACUAGCAGUAGUUGUAGUAGUAGUAGUUGUAGUAGAAGCAGUAGUUGUAGUAGUAGUGGUGGUAGUACUAGCAGUAGUAGUAGUUGUUGUAGUAGCAGUUGUAGUAGUAGGUAUUUUUUUCAUAUUUAUCAUUAUCAUUAACAGGUUUUUUUUUCUUUCUAGUAUUAUUUUGAUAACAAAUAUUCUUCUUCUUCAUCUUCUUCUUCUUCUUAUUAUUAUUAUUAUUAUUAUUAUCAUUAUCAUUAUUAUUAUUGUUGUUGUUAUUAUUAUUAUUAUCA